UAUCAGCGAAUGCCCCCUAUUUCCAUCUGAACAGUGAAAAAGCCGAGUAAAACCCACCCUCUCCGAGCAAGUCGACACCCGUAUUCAUUAAAUCAUGGCGAAUCCCAGGUCUCGAGCCUGAGCCGGCGCCGCUGCUUCUGCUUUGGUGCGGAUUUUCUCUGCCAAACCUACAACGCCGCAGCAGGACCUCAGUUUAUUCAAGAGACUGUCUGCUCUGGGGAAUACAGAUGGAGAGGUGGCGCGUGCCAUUGACGAAGAGGGCAGAAUCGUCAAGAAAUCUGAGCUGGAGAACUGUAUCAAGGACUUCCGCAGAUUCAAACGAUACCGCCACAUUCUCGAGGUUGGGGAAUGGAUGGCUCAGAAGUUUGUUCUCAAGCCCAAAGACAAUGCGAUUCAUCUUGCUGCGGUUGCCAAAGUUAAGGGUAUAGCUGCAGCAGAAAAGUACUUCAACGACCUGCCUCCUUCUCGAAGGGUGGAAUGCACUUACGGAUCACUUCUAAAUUGCUAUUGUACUGAGAAGAUGGAUGAUAAAGCAUUAGAUCUCUUCAGGAAAAUGGUUGACCAAAACAUGAUAGAAUCACCUGUGUCUUUUAACCAUCUCAUGAUGAUGCAUAUAAGUUUAAAACAGCCAGAGAAAGCAAUACGCUUGGGGGAAGAACUGAAGAAGGCGAAUAUUGAGCCCAACACGUUUACGUGCAACUUGCUGAUGAGCAGCUAUUCGUAUUUGAAUGAUUUUGAGGGAGUGGAAAGAGUUUUGAAGGAGAUGGACAGGAAGCUAGUUAACUGGACGACAUAUAGUCACUUGGCGAAUAUCUACGUCCAAGCUGGAGAUCAUGAAAAGGCUAGGAUGGCUCUGAAAGUUCUCGAGGAGAUGGGUAACCAUGAACUUGAUGCGUACAAUUUCAUGAUAAGCAUAUAUGCUCGAAUGGGUGAUCUUGAAAAUGUCCAUCGUAUUUGGAAGUCAAUGAAGUCUGCCCAUAAAGUGAUCUGGAACAUGAGCUAUCUGGUCAUGAUCCGGACUCUUGAUAAACUCAAUGACAUCGGUGGGUUGAAGGAAUGCUUUGAGGAGUGGGAGAAAGUUUUCUCCAGUUAUGAUGCUAGGUUGCCCUGUACAGUCCUCGGUGUGUAUCUGAGGCACGACAGGCGUGAAGAAGCUGAGGCAGUUCUACGGGGCAUGCUCGAAAAAUCAGAAGAUAAAUUCUUCUAUACCGCUGAAACAGUGGUGAAUCUCGACCUGAGAAGGCAUGGCGUGAAGCAGGCUAUGAAGCUCAUGGAAAAGGUUACGUCCGAAGCUAUCAACAAUGGGUGGAAACCAAGGCGAGACACCAUAGACAGAUUCUUGGAGUGCUUCAAAUUAGAGAGCGAUGUAGAGGGCGCUGAGGAAUUUUAUGAGUUGAUGAAGAGGAUAAACUGUGUCGACACCCAUUUUUACGAGGCGUUGCUUCAUAUAUAUGCCGGUGCGGGCCAAAAAUUAUGCAAUGUACGUGCAAGGAUCGAGAGGGAUGGAGUUGAAAUAAGCAGUGAGCUUGACAACUUGAUUGCAAGCGUUUCUCUUUAAUGAAAAAUGCUGACAAAUAAACCUCUUACCAUCCAUUCUCAAUUUUGUGUAGGAACUUUUUUGGUUAUACGAUUUUAAUUCUGUAGAAUUAAAGAAUUAUGCAUUCAUUAAGCAAAAAAGAAAUUGGAGUCUUGCGUUUUCAUC